UGUUUUUUCCCCUAUCUGUGACUAUCUCUUCCUGUUUUCUAAGGGCCGCCACUGUGACAUUAAGUGAUGUAUAGAAAAUAGUGUACUUCCUAUUUCUGAGCCAGCCUGGGUUUCAUCUCUGCUUCAGUCUCCUCCGUGCUGCUCAAAAUGGUACUUUUUCUCAGUUAAACACAGAGUUGAUUCAAAGGCCAAGCAAUGGGGGAGCCAUCCUCUUUUGCUUUAUUUUCUAAGACAUAGGGAGCAUCUCUCUCUCCCUGUGACCUUCGAGAUGCUGCCUGCAGAGUGGGGACCGGUGGAAGAUGUCUCAGACACCUUCUCAGCAAAGAGUCACAAACUCCCUACACGCAGUGGGAGGAAGGCGCGUGAACCCCUGGCUUCUUGGGGUGGCCAGUGCGCACGUCUUUUCUGGAACCACGGGUGUCUUCUCGGUUUACGGCUAGGUCACUCGUGUUUGAGUCGGAGCAUCAUUGGCCAAAGAUCGUCACUCUUCGUAAAGGUCGCCAGGCAUCCUGGGCCACCCGGAUGAUGCAGGAUGGAGGUGCCAGAACUCACUCGCCCUGCCUCGCCUGCCCGGGACCAGCCAGCCCCUGCCCCUGGACACCCGGGAGCCUCAGGUGGGCAGGUCUCGCCUCACCUGACCCUGGGCCCCGUCAUUCUGUCAGCGGAGCAGGGUCUGGCCCCCGCCGUGUUCCUGAAGGCCCUGCCCAUCCCGCUGUACCACACGGGGCCCCCGGGGGGCCUCCAGCCACGCGCCCCCCUGGUGACGGGCAGCCUGGAUGGGGGCGGCGGACCCUUUAUCCUCAGCCCCCUGCUGCAGCCCGAGGGCCCCGGCCCCACCCAGGCGGGGAAGCCGGCGGCCCCGACCCUCACCGUGAACAUCGUGGGCACGCUGCCUGUCCUGUCGCCGGGCCUGGGGCCCACGCUGGGCAGCCCGGGGAAGGUGCGGAACGCCGGCAAGUACCUCUGCCCACACUGUGGCCGCGACUGCCUGAAGCCCAGCGUUCUGGAGAAGCACAUCCGGUCCCACACGGGCGAGAGGCCCUUCCCGUGUGCCACCUGCGGCAUCGCCUUUAAGACCCAGAGCAACCUGUACAAGCACAGGCGCACCCAGACGCACCUCAGCCACUCCCGGCUGUCUUCCGAGUCUGAGGGAGGGGGCGGCGGCCUCCCGGAGGAGGGGGCCGGGGCCGGGGAGAGCUCCAGGGCAGCGGGCGCAGGGGACGGCUGGAGCCAGAGCCGACCCGGGAGGCCCCUCUCUCCGGGCGCCCAGGGUGCCGGGCGCUGCCCGGUGCCAGCCACGCACCCGUCCUCUGUCGCUAAGACCCUGGGUCUGAAGUUGGAAGCCGUUCCCCGUCCGGGGUCCGCACCAGCCGACAGAGAGACCCCCGUGGACUCUGCCCACGCGGCCGCCCCCGCGCGCACCCUGGCCGGCGGCACCCAGCCGAGGCGGAAGUCGCCGGAGCAGCCGUCCCCGACCGCCGGCCCGCCGCGCGCCCCGCGGCAGCAGGCGGCGCCGUCCUCGGAGAAAGCCCGGGACGUCGGGGCCCCGGAGGGCCGGCUGAGGAAGUGUGAGAGCACAGACUCGGGCUACCUGUCCCGCUCGGACAGCGCGGAGCAGCCGCCGCCGGCCCCCGGCAGCCCCCCGCGAGGCCCGUCGGAGGGGGAGGCGGCCCCGGGCCCGCGGCUGGAGCGGCAGCUGGAGCAGCGCAUCGCCUGGCUCAUCUCUCACAACCAGGCCGUGGUGGACGACUCCCAGCUGGACAACGUGCGGCCCCGCAAGACGGUCCUGUGCAAGCAGGGCAGCAUCGACCUGCCCGUGCCCUACACCUACAAGGACUCCUUCCACUUCGACAUCCGGGCGCCGCCCUCCGGCCGGAGGAAGCCCGCCGCCCCGGGCCCGGCCCGCUCUACCUUCACGCCCCCCGACAAGGCGCGCCCAGUCUUCUUCCACUCCGUCCCCACCCAGCUCUCCUCCACCGUGGCGUGCGUGCCCGUCACCAGGAGCAACUCGCUGCCCUUCGUCGAGGGCGCGGGAACGUGGCAGGAGCCGCCGGACCCGCGGCUCGCCGGUCCCCGGAGGCAGAAGCCUCUGAGCCCCAGGCCCGCCCCUGCCCGGCCGGCGGACGUCCCCGGCGGUCACCCCCGGGCCCUGGUCAGACAGGCGGCCGUGGAGGACCUGCCGCGUCCCCUCACCGGAGACGGCCCGGCCCCCACGGAGGACCUGGAUGGGAGCAGAGCGGCUGCGGGGCAGGGGGCGGCCAGCAGGGGCGGAGCAGCCGGGAAGAAGUGCGGCCAGAGGCCGCUGAAGAUGUUCCCCCAGGACAAGUGGCAGGUGUAUGGGAAAGAGACAUUCAAGAGAAUCUACCAGAAAAUGAAGACCAGCUACCACGGAGGCAAGAAGGCACGGGAGGGGACGGUGGGGAGCGGGGCAGAGCUAGGUCGUCCUCUCCAGGGAGAGGUAGCAGGGGACGAGGGCACAGCCCCAUCGCAGGGCGGGCGGACCCCUGUCCGUGGAGAUGUGUCUGUGGGGACCCGGCCGGGGCCUUGGGGACGUCCACUGGCCCAGGAGGGCUUCCCGGUGACGGAUCCAGCCACGGAGGGGGAGACGGCGGCCAGAGCAGGAGGCAGGGACCAGCCCAGGGUGAACAGGGCCACCUUAGCCUCCGCCCUCAGCUGCAGAGAACCCCCCUGUUCGGGCAGCAAGAGCCCUCUGCUUCCCCCAGAUGGGAGGCUGGAGCUGGGGACUCAGCAGCCCGUAGCACCCGGUCCCCUCAAGGGAGGUAACCUAGAGGCUCCCAUGCCGGUUUCGGCAGACCCUAACCUGGAAGGAGGCACCCGUGGUGGGGGCGGCAAGGAGACCUGCCAGCAGGCCCCAACGGUGUCGAGGCAACCCAGCGGUGGCACUGGGGAGCCCCAGCCUUCAGAGGACAAGCUCCCAUCGGAGAGAAAGAAGCUGAAGGUCGAGAAGCUGAGCUGCCAGGAGCCGCCAGAGCCCGUGGGAGCAGAAGGAGAGACCCCGAGUGGCCCCGGGCAGGCCACCUCCCCGCCAUCUCACAACCAGGACGGUGAUCCUGGGGACAAGCCGGGAGAGCCGCGCGGGAGUGCUGAUGGCGUGGCGGGGGGCAGGGCUGGGGAGCCAGCAAAGCCGUCGGAAGUUUGUGGUGUCUCCUCUGCUGUUCCAUCUGUGGCCCCGAGGCAGGUCCUACAGGACCCGUGUCCUGCAGCUGUGUCCCCUGGACGUCACCCCCAGCUGGCCACGCAGCCCCAGGCCCCCGGCGUCCUCACUGCCCCGGCAGACGCUGCCUUUCCCCCCAAGUACCUGCUCAGGCUGCCUCAGGGUGAGGCCUGCCCCCCACCUCCCACCGCCCAGGGUCCCAGACCAGGCCAGGACCCUCUCUGCAGGAGAAGGUGGCCGGAGGAACAGCCCUCCGUUGUUGGGCCAGGGCCGGGGACCCGCCUGCCCCCCUGCCCGGCCACGGGCUUGGCCUCCAGUGGAGCAGACACCUUCGAGGAGGACCCCGGCUGGUCCAGGCACUGGGGUAGGAGAAAGGGGGUGCAGGGAGAGGAGAAGCCAGACUUGGAUGCCGACACCCCAGCAGCAGGGCCGUCCCCUGGCUCAUCCUCCGGUGCCUCCAGGGAGGCGACCUCCUUCCUGCCCACCCCAGCGUGUGCCACCCGGAAGAGUGGGGCCCCUGAGCCCCGACACCUCUGCACUGAAGUGGGUAGCACUUCAGUGGGGGCCGGGCCCUCUGGGGGUGUCCUGAGUCCCUGUGCCCUCGGCAGGGAGUUGGGCGGACCUCCCGAGAACGCCCCGGAAAACCCCCCCUCAGGGCCUCUGGCCGGGCUCAGUUCCUGCUGCUGCUUCCUCACGGCCCCCACGUCCCCGGGCUGGCCCCAGCUGGCCUCGUGUACCCACUCAGAAACCCUGCGGAGCGCCAGGGCCCAGGGCCCCUUCCCAUCCUUGAGGGCUGAGCCCCGACUCACGUGGUGUUGCCUGAGCCGAAGCCUGCCUCUGCCCACAGAGCAGAAGGAAACGACCGCUUCUGUCUACUUGUCUCUGCACUUCCUCGGUGGCAGCGCCCGGGACGAGGGUCCAGAUGCCCGGCCCCUGAGCAGGGCGGUGCUGGGAGGACGGACGAGGACGGCCCUGGGAGAAGGAGGGCAGGUGCGGACAGCAAAGCUCUUCUGCCCAGUGGCCUCAGGGAUGGUGUCCCAGGAGCGGGUGUCUGAGCCUGAAUGGAAGAAAGGACCGCCUUGGAGGAAGGCAAAGCUGUUUCGGGGGAGUGGCAAACAGAAGAGGCUGAGCGUCCGCUCCAGAAGGCGCAGAGGGGGUUUCUUACAGAGCCGCGUUCAGCUGAGAGGAGGCGGACUGCACAGGCCACCCAGGGUGCUGAGGAAAGACCGCCACCUCCCCCCACUCGAGGGCCUGGGCCCACGCAGGACCCCCAGGAAGCCUUCUUCAGAAACGGCAGGUCUAAAUCUGCGAGGGGAGCCAUCUCGCACCGCCUCAGAAUCGCCUGUUUGUUGUGGGCACGGAGAGGAGGAGGAGGAUGUCUCCAGACCAGCUUCCGGAAGCUUCUCUCCCAGCACCAGUUCGAGGGCCGGCAGUGAAAUGGACCAGAUUUCGGCAGCUCCCAGUGGGCGUGGUGACCGCUGCACGCAGAACACUGCCUCCGGGUCGGGACCGUCUGAGCGCUCUGACUCCUGCGUGGCCAUGACUACUGACAGCCUUCUGUCUCAAGGCAGAGGUCCUGGCGUGGGAACGCCGGAGACACGCCCUCCGCCCACCCGGGAGCAAGUCUCGGUGGAUCUGAAACCGUACAUUUUCUCAGAUACUCAAGAGCCUUCUUCCCUUGGGUCCAGAGGGACCCCUCUCCGCCAGGAUGUUGCUACCUCUGUGCCUGCCAUCUGUGCUCUGGGGGAGAGAGUAGGUCACACAACCCUGGGACUUCACAGCGCGGAGCCACAGGACCACAGAGCGGCAGGGGAGGCUCUGACGCAAAGUCCCCCAGAUAGAAAGGCUAUCGCCGCGGCCGUGUCACCAUCAGUCUUGCCAGGGAAACCUUCAUGUGGGCAAAGAAGGUCAGGUUUGCUUCUGUUGGGGUCAACUGGAAAGACUCAUCUGGAAAUGCCAGCACCAGGUUCAGCCAGUUCAUACCAAGAGGAAGGAGAACACAAGACAUUUUUUCCCACUGGGGGACAGUAUGGGGGUGGGGAAAUGGUGGUCCCCUGCCCUCCUUUAGGAAAUGAGAGUGGGAAAUGUCAAGUCUCUGGAUUAACUUCCCUAAAGGAGUGUGUGGUUCCUUCUAAGCCAGGGCAGCCCAGAGAAUCCCCUGAAGCCCCUUCGAAAACUGUCAAGAGGAGGGGCCUGGAAGGACUCAGGAAGCAGACGCGAGUGGAGGUCAGCGACACCAGCAGUGAUGAUGAGGACCGGUUAGUGAUAGAGAUGUGAGGCUUCUGAUGUCUGCAGUCAGAGACCGCAUGCUGUCGGGCUGGCAGGAAGGCUGAAUUCUCUUUCGCCAAGCACCUCCAUGUUAGGAGAGCCAUUUGGGGAUCUUUGCAAGACAUCCCCAGCCGGCUCCAGCCUCCCUUCCCCAGAUCCCCUGGCGGUAUACCAGGCGCCGGGCAGGGCAGGGGUCGCAAUGGAGCAGAGCCUAAGAACGCCUGGCGCACGGUGACUGUGCUGGACUCCCAGCCGCGUCCUCUGCAUCGACCCCCGCUGCCUCUUCCAGUCACGUGGCAUUAACCAGGAGAGCCACAGUCACAGUCGACUCGUUUACGUAUAAGUGAACCCAUAGACUCGAGUCGGCCGACUUCCUCCAUCAGUAAGCUGAGGGUUUGCUUCAAAGGUGGUAAGCAUGCUUGGGUCACUGGGGUAGCUUGGCAGAGGAGGUGGGGUAUGACGUGGGCAUCAAGAUACUUCUGUUCACUCUAGAAACGAAAUCGAGAUGCAUUAAAAAAACUGAAGUUGGGCUAGAAUAACUUGCGUCCUUAGUGGAAGUUGUAAAUAUCCUUCAAAAUGCCUAUGAUCUGGUGAAAUGCCGAUUGUCCUUAAAUGUCACCCAAGUGGUCAGUGCUUACCUACGAUCCUACAGCAAAAGCAUGUCAUGCUUUCGGGCCCGGUGCCUUUUGUGCUGAGGCCUCCGAAACCCUCGGUGUUUUUAGCUCUCGCAAAGGAACGCCGUGUUAAAAGUUGAUAGAACAGUCUCUGGAAUGAGUCAUUUUUUGAGGGGGAAAAAUUCACUUAUUUUUCUCUGAUUCUCUCUGUCAUAUUGUGCUCUGAGCAAUUUCAAUUAGAGGGGUACAUUUUAGUAAUCUGUACAGCUUAAAUUGAUGCCUGCUCAUCGUGACGGGAGCCUUUUAGAUUUCCUCCAGAAGCUUCAAGGAUACAAAACUAAUUGGAGUUUUGACGCUGUUUUACAUCUCGGUAAUUUUAUUUUGGGGGCUUGGUGUUACUUUGCUGUCAAAUUAAAUCAGCCUCUGUAUUGUGCAAGUCAGAACAGUACAGAUAAAAUUCCCCAGUAUUCCAAGCCAGCGCACCCCUGUGCAGAACAGAAUAGCUCAUCUACGUCAGCCAACUCAGUGAGCAAAGCCUCGGAUUUACUGUGUUUUACUGUGUUCCUCUCCUUCUCCUUAAAGAGGAGAGGAAAAACUUAACCGAGAUUUAUACUGCUGCAUUUCGAUAACAUUUUAUACCUUCUUUUGGUGUGAUUUUGUACCAUUUGAAACGCACAGCCGAGCUCUUUUGGCUUAGCUGCGCUGUGACGAUGUUUGUAUGACAUCCCGUAUCCAAAGCGGCAGCACACAGGCGCGAACACGCUUUAACGCGUCCUUUCCUGGGCCUGAGGGUGGUCGUUUCAAGGACCGUCAUGUGACUUUUCCAAUUUUAGGGUGAUUCAUAGAAAACUUCAAUGCAGGACCAGCUUCCCCUGGUGGCUUAGCACGUGUCUGUGGUCAUUUCAGGUGCGCUCAUAAAUAUCCAAGUGAUUUCAAGCCCAGCCAGGAAAAACAUAAGAAGGGAGAUGAAAGGAUGCCAGGCAUUCAUUUUGUGUACUAUUUGUUUCUUCGUCGUGUACUUUUUAAGCCAAACAAAAGUGAUGUGGUGAUUAUCUACCCUCUGAAUUACCCGUGCUCCUGUAAUGAGAGAGGAGGUCUAGGAGAGUGGUCUGAGUCUUGGAGGGAGAGAGAGUGAGGGCCUGACCUUGUCCUCAGUGAGCUGGGAAAUCUUGGGUAAGACACGUGCCCUCUCUGUGCCUCAGUUUCUCCAGCUGAGAAUGAGAGUUAGACCAGACGAACUGGAUGCAUCUCCAGCUUAUGUGAUCUCCUUGGGAGAUGAGCUCUCUCUCCUUUACCUCUGGGGGUUCGGGGGCUCAGAGGUAGCCCCCAUGGGGAGGGGUCCCACACACAAGACAUUUGGGUGGAGACCGGGGAGAACCGAAGCACGAACACCUUCUGCCAAGUGUUGCCCUAAAGAACGUGAGCUCAGAGAAGCUCCGUACGAUUUUUUUCCCCCAGAGUUCCAGAUUUUGGGGGUGCAGUCAUUCAGUGUACAAGUCUGGCCGAUGAUUCAAAGAUUAGAAGCAAAACCAGAACACGGCUGUGUGAGGGGAAGACAACAUGUCUAGAGGCUGACCUGAGUACUUUGUCUGGGGAGGCACUGGUCAGGGGAAGAAAACCGUCUUCCAGAUCCUUCUUUCCUGGUAGCUGCUAACCUAUCUGCAGGAUCGCUGUUCUAACUCAGUAAAGUCACAGCUCCAAAUCACACUGACCUCCAGAUGGUGACGGAAGCCCUGUCCUUCUAAGAGCCACCAUUGCCGGCUGCCACAUCCCACCCUAGAUCAAAUAUGGAGGAACACUGGUUCCAUCUCUCUGCCUCCUCGUGUCUCUUCCCAAGGUGAGCCGGUUGCCAAACCAUCCUGUCAGCUGGUCGUUUAGCUGGCAGGUGGCAGUGUUUGCAAAUGCGCCUUACUUUGUGUUAGCUUGAAUUUGUGAAAAGCUACAUUCCAGUGGAUUAAAAAACAACAACAACAAAGUAUUUUGAAUGACUCUAGCAGAAUUGGCUAUUGGAAAUCAUCCUAAAACACAAUUUUUUUCAAAUAAAGAAUCCUUUUAUAAAGCCCCAAUAAUUUCUGGUUUUAUAAGUCUUAGCUUUCCUAUGGGGUUUUCAUAAAGAGAAAUGCAACACCAGGGCUACCUUUUGGGCAUAACAUCAGCGAUCUGUAUCACUGCUUUGGGUUAUUGAAAAUAAAAUUUCAAUGUUAUUAAUUGAUAACUGCUGCAGUUUUUACUCUUCAAGUGCAUACUGUGUAAAACAGAUUGACUUUAGAACAAGGCAAACUGGAGUUUACAGAUCAGGGAUUCAUUCCUGUCUCUCCCCAGGGCUGUUACUUUUAUUGUACCUUUGGGUCAGGGUCUUAAGUCAAUUGGUGCUCAGCUUCUUCCACAGAGAAUAACUCUAGGGACUCUGGCAGAGACUAAAGUCAAGUGCACUUUCAACUCCUUGCUGUUGUCUCAGGGCAAGGUAUCCAAGUGCCAUGACCCAUGAUACUCAAGACUCACCACCAGAUUUACCUCUGCGGCUUCACCUACACCCGGCCAGACACCCCUUGUUAAAGAUGCGUGGAGGAAAGAGGUUUCACCACCCCCCCCCCCCCCCCCC